AUUGAGCAGAAAUAGUUGAAUAUUUGAAGCGACCAUGUGGAUAUGUAAGCUCGUAAUAUUUUAUCUGCUCUGCGGAUUCGUGGCGGCUCAGAUCUGUAACGUCCAACGUACCGUUCUUGUUAAAGGAGUACGCACGAAAAAAAUAACUUGCUGCCAGGGCUACUACAAAACAACGACCGCACAACUGAAGUGCGUUCCAAAAUGCCGGGACUGUAGAAAUGGCAGCUGCUCGAAACCAAAUGUGUGUUCAUGUCGGAAAGGCUACGUCAACCUUAACAAAGAGCCAUCGAACUAUUGUGUGCCUGAAUGCAAGGGGUGUAGUAAAGGAACCUGCCAAUCGCCUGGCCGCUGUCGUUGUUCCAAUGGUCACCAACUGGACAACCAAACCGGAAACUGUGUGCCCAUAUGUGCGAAGGGUUGUGCCAAUGGCAGUUGCAUUUCGCCCAAUAACUGCAAGUGCAACCCAGGAUACACGAUGGAUGCCACCACCCAGAAGUGCCUGCCCACCUGUGCUGAUAACUGCAAGCAGGCCAAUGGCUUCUGUGCGGCGCCCAAUCGAUGCCAGUGCAAUCCAGGUUACACUCCCAAGCCAAACUCCAAGUCGUUUGCGUGUCAACCGGUCUGCAAAAAUGGCUGCAAAAAUGGAGUUUGUCGCGCUCCCGAUGUCUGUGAAUGCAAUAGAUUCUACAGAAAGGAUGCCGAUAAAAACUGUACCCCGAUCUGUGACAGCGAAUGCGUACAUGGAGACUGCACGGCGCCGGAUGUAUGUACGUGUUGGCCCGAAUAUACGAAAAUUGGCGAGAAUGUCUGCGUGGCCAUUUGUCCGGCGGGGUGCAAGAACGGAGUCUGCGUGAAGCCGAAUGUGUGCUCCUGCAACAAAGGAUACACCAUGCAGGAAGGUGUCUGCAGCCCAGUUUGCGAGAAUGGAUGUGAAAACGGAUCCUGUGUGGCGCCCGGCGAGUGUUCCUGCAACGAGGGAUAUGCCAAGUCGGGGGACAAGUGUUUCCCAGUUUGCAAAGCUGGAUGCAAGAAUGGAUCUUGUGUCUCGCCGGGAAAGUGCUCCUGCGAUGAAGGAUACAGCAAGGAUUCGGAGAUCAGUUGUGCACCAGUUUGCUCUAAAGGAUGUGAGAACGGAUUUUGCACUUCUCCUGAAAAGUGUUCCUGCAACACCGGAUACAUAAUGGAUAGUGAGAACAAGUGUGUCCCUGUCUGCACAGGUGGAUGUGAGAACGGAUUCUGUGCUUAUCCUGAAAAGUGUUCCUGCAACACCGGAUACAUAAUGGAUAGUGACAACAAGUGCGUCCCUGUCUGCACAGGUGGAUGUGAGAACGGAUUUUGUGCGUCUCCUGAAAAGUGUUCCUGCAAUACCGGAUAUCUUAUGGAUAGUGAGAACAAGUGUGUCCCUGUCUGCACAAGUGGAUGUGAGAAUGGAUUCUGUGCUUCUCCUGAAAAGUGUACCUGCAACACCGGAUACAUAAUGGAUAGUGAGAACAAGUGUGUCCCUGUCUGCACAGGUGGAUGUGAGAACGGAUUCUGUGCUUCUCCUGAAAAGUGUUCCUGCAACACCGGAUACAUAAUGGAUAGUGAGAACAAGUGUGUCCCUGUCUGCACAGGUGGAUGUGAGAACGGAUUUUGUGCGUCUCCUGAAAAGUGUUCCUGCAAUACCGGAUAUCUUAUGGAUAGUGAGAACAAGUGUGUCCCUGUCUGCACAAGUGGAUGUGAGAAUGGAUUCUGUGCUUCUCCUGAAAAGUGUACCUGCAACACCGGAUACAUAAUGGAUAGUGAGAACAAGUGUGUCCCUGUCUGCACAGGUGGAUGUGAGAACGGAUUUUGUGCGUCUCCUGAAAAGUGUUCCUGCAAUACCGGAUAUCUUAUGGAUAGUGAGAACAAGUGUGUCCCUGUCUGCACAAGUGGAUGUGAGAAUGGAUUCUGUGCUUCUCCUGAAAAGUGUACCUGCAACACCGGAUACAUAAUGGAUAGUGAGAACAAGUGUGUCCCUGUCUGCACAGGUGGAUGUGAGAACGGAUUCUGUGCUUCUCCUGAAAAGUGUUCCUGCAACACCGGAUACAUAAUGGAUAGUGAGAACAAGUGUGUUCCUGUCUGCACAGGUGGAUGUGAGAACGGAUUUUGUGCUUCUCCUGAGAAGUGUUCCUGCAAUACCGGAUAUCUUAUGGAUAGUGAGAACAAGUGUGUCCCUGUCUGCACAGGUGGAUGUGAGAACGGAUUUUGCACUUCUCCUGAAAAGUGUUCCUGCAACAAUGGAUACGUAAUGGAUAAUGAGAACAAGUGUGUUCCUGUUUGCACAGAUGGAUGUGAAAACGGAUUUUGUGCUUCUCCUGAAAAGUGUUCCUGCAACAAUGGAUACGUAAUGGAUAGUGAGAACAAGUGUGUUCCUGUCUGCACAGGUGGAUGUGAGAACGGAUUUUGUGCUUCUCCUGAAAAGUGUUCCUGCAACAAUGGAUACGUAAUGGAUAGUGAGAACAAGUGUGUCCCUGUCUGCACAGGCGGAUGUGAGAACGGCUUCUGUGCAUCUCCUGAAAAGUGUUCCUGCAAUACCGGAUAUCUUAUGGAUAGUGAGAACAAGUGUGUUCCUGUCUGCACAGGUGGAUGUGAGAACGGAUUUUGCACUUCUCCUGAAAAGUGUUCCUGCAACAAUGGAUACGUAAUGGAUAGUGAGAACAAGUGUGUCCCUGUCUGCACAGGUGGAUGUGAGAACGGAUUUUGUGCUUCUCCUGAAAAGUGUUCCUGCAAUACCGGAUAUCUUAUGGGUAGUGAGAACAAGUGUGUCCCUGUCUGCACAGGUGGAUGUGAGAACGGAUUUUGUGCUUCUCCUGAAAAGUGUUCCUGCAACAAUGGAUACGUAAUGGAUAGUGAGAACAAGUGCGUCCCUGUUUGCACAGGUGGAUGUGAGAAUGGAUUCUGUGCUUCUCCUGAAAAGUGUACCUGCAACACCGGAUACAUAAUGGAUAGUGAGAACAAGUGCGUCCCUGUCUGCACAGGUGGAUGUGAGAACGGAUUUUGUGCUUCUCCUGAAAAGUGUUCCUGCAACAAUGGAUACGUAAUGGAUAGUGAGAACAAGUGCGUCCCUGUCUGCACAGGUGGAUGUGAGAACGGAUUUUGUGCUUCUCCUGAAAAGUGUUCCUGCAACAAUGGAUACGUAAUGGAUAGUGAGAACAAGUGCGUCCCUGUUUGCACAGGUGGAUGUGAGAAUGGAUACUGUGCUUCUCCUGAAAAGUGUUCCUGCAAUAGCGGAUACCUAAUGGAUAGUCAGGAAAAGUGUGUCCCAGUUUGCACAGGUGGAUGUGAGAACGGCUUCUGUGCAUCUCCUGAAAAGUGUUCCUGCAAUACCGGAUAUCUUAUGGAUAGUGAGAACAAGUGUGUUCCUGUUUGCACAGGUGGAUGUGAGAACGGAUUUUGCACUUCUCCUGAAAAGUGUUCCUGCAACAAUGGAUACGUAAUGGAUAGUGAGAACAAGUGUGUCCCUGUCUGCACAGGUGGAUGUGAGAACGGAUUCUGUGCUUCUCCUGAAAAGUGUUCCUGCAACAAUGGAUACGUAAUGGAUAGUGAGAACAAGUGUGUUCCUGUCUGCACAGGCGGAUGUGAGAAUGGAUACUGUGCUUCUCCUGAAAAGUGUUCCUGCUAUGAAGGAUUCAGCAAGGAAACUGAAAACAGCUGCGCUCCAGUUUGCAAAAAUGAAUGUUGGAACGGAUUUUGCAUUUCUCCAGGAGUAUGCAAGUGCGAUGAGGGCUUUAUCUUUUCCGAAGAAUCGGAUACAUGCCUGCCUGAAAAAAAAUUGUCAACAGUCUUAGAUUGCGAUCAGACUUGCCGGAACGGAACCUGUCUGGAAGGAAUAUGCACGUGUGAGGAUAAUUACAAACUGCACCAAGACAGGCAUGAUAAUCAAAGUCUUUUCUGCCUCCCGAUCUGCGACCCCGAGUGCAUCAACGGAUACUGUGAAUCCCCAGGGAAGUGUGCAUGUUUUGAUAAUGAAAGUCUACUAGAUGGUUAUCGUUGCCAAUCUGUGAAGUCUUUCGAUGACAAGCUGUCAUCCAAGCCCAAUGGAAAUACAAUAAGACAUUUAAAAUCACUUUUUAUUACUAUUGCUUUGGUAGCUCUCUUUUUGGCGGUGAUGAUCGCAAUGCUAAUGAUGCAUAUCUUCAAGAAACGCUCCUAUUACGUGGGCAAAAACGAACAACAACUUGGCGUCUACUUCUCUCCAAAAAGAGCGGACAUAAUUCGAGCCUGAUCUUCAUUUACAAUCCAGCAAUGUACUCAUUACUUUAUAAAGGUUUUAUAAGAAUAUAUAAAUGCAAAU